AUGCCGAAGGGGGCUCUAAUAAACCUGCCGAUCCCAAAUUCUUGCUAUUCUGAAGGUGGGAUUCGAACCUACAAACGUUGUAUCUCGGCAGGAAUGCUCCCCGGCACUCAAGUGUCUGCUUGGAAGGCCUUCUGCCGUGGAUGGCGUUUACCACUACGCCAUCCGGGUCCGAGUUGCGAGAGUCGAGUAGACCCUAAACAAAUAGGCCGUUGUUUCUUCCAGUUGCGAGAACAGUACAACGGUACAGAUAACCCACUGGCCUCCGUAAUCCGCCGUUUUGACAAAUCCAAGAAUAUCUACACCAGCAUAAACCCAGAGAUAGAAGCGCGUUUCAAUCAUUCCGAUUCCGAGGCUGAUCAUCAGUUUUGUUGUUCUUAG